AUGCAUUAUUCUACAACUUGAUUUCACUAGUCAACUACUGUAAAAGUUUAAACUUGUACACUUUCAUUUUUCUUUUCUCAAGAAUGGCUGCUACAUUUUCUUUCAGCUUCUACAUCACAAUCUUGAUCUUGGUUUUAUCCAUUGUUGAAAGUAGAGUUCUUGAACAUGAAGGUUCGAAAAUUAGCAGUGAAUGGAUCUCAGAUGGAGUUGGACACAGGUUCAAGAAUCAGUCAAAUGAUGUAUGUAAUCAUAUAUAUGGUUUUUUUCCAUGUGCAGAGAAUGUUGGAGGGUACUUAUUCAUGAUUGUUACAUUCCAGUACUUGUUGAUUCUUGGUGAGAAAGUACUAGCCAUUGGAAGUAACAGGCUUUUUAGUAUACUUGAUACUGGUAUUUUUGGUGCAAGUAUCUUUCCAACACUUAUAACUUGGCCAAGAAUUGUUAUGGCAUUUGCAUCUGGACUAUUGGUUAGCAGAGAGCAAGCUCAAGUAUCUGUAUCUUCUGCACUUGGUUCAAAUGUUGGUUCCAGUGUCUUGAAUCUUACUGUGCUGUGGGGCAUAUGUGUCAUACUUGGGAGACAAAAUAUCUCAGGGAAUUCAAACACAAAAACUAGUGCAGAAUCCUCCUCUUCUACUUUGAAAUUGGAGGACCUGAAGAGUAAAGGAGUCGUAACAAACAAUCUCACUGGUUAUAUAGCUGGAAUCAUGUUUCUUUCGCUUGCGCCAUUCACAAUAAUGCUAUUUGGCGACAUCAUCAGUUCAUCAGUAGGAAAGCGCAUCACCAUUCUCGUUGCUCUUAUUGUAUCAGUCACGUUUUUGCUGUCAUACUUCGCGUAUCAGAUGUGGAAUCCAUUGAUUCAACAGAAGAGUUUACAGUAUAUUAAACACCAAAAUCUGGUGCAAGAAUUUGUGCAGCAUAUCCAAAGGCAAGCAAGAGGAAAACUCUUCAAAGGGGGCCAUCCUGACAUUAACGCGAUUAAAAGAUUAUUUGCCAAAACAGACAAAGAUAGGAGCCACUCAAUAACAGUCACUGAACUACAAGAACUGGUAAAACAGCUUGAAUCUGGCAAGGUUAAAGUGGACAGUGACUUUGCCCUGUCAACGCUAUCAAGAAUAUUGGACAAGAAUAGAGAUGGAAGGAUAAGCGAAGAAGAGUUCAUCGAGGGAUCCAAGAAGUUGAUACAGGAAGCAAAGAACAAUUCCAACUCGAAGAAAUUUCUUGAUGAGGUAGUUAAGGCAUACACGGAGGGACAGCAACAAGAGAUAGUUAAAAUUGAGGAGCUCGUACCAAGAGUUUUGAAGCAAAUUCAGAACCAAGUAAUUGAAUCCGAAGACCUUCUGAAAGAUGAUGGUAGCCCCAACAUUGAAUCCAUUAAAAGGCUCUUCCGUAAGUUAGAUGAUGAUCAUAACAGUGAUUUAACACCGUCAGAACUGGAGAAGCUAAUGGGAAAUGCCAAAUUCAGAGAGGCACACCUGAAUCAGAAAGCCUCUGUAGAGGAAAUCAUGAAGGAUUUUGAUCAAAAUGAUGAUCACAUGAUCGAUGAAAAUGAGUUUCUCCGUGGUGUGACAUAUUGGCUACGUAAUGCCAAACAAACUACCAAAGAACAUCAUGAUAAGGUGGUGUGGGGAGAAGUCGACAAGUUCUUGGAUGAAGCAGUAAGAGGAAACCAUGGACUUUUCAACCACUCUUUGGUGUUAAAAUGGGAAUUCUGCAAGUCUCUGUUUCAAGUGAUUUUGGGCGUUGCUAUAUUGACACUGUGUGCGGAUCCAAUCAUGGACAACAUUAUACGACUGGCGCAGGCAAUUGGAGUGCCUUCUUUCUUCCUAUCAUUUGUCAUAGUACCUCUUGCUGUCAACGCAAGAACUGCAAUAACAGCAAUAACUUUAUUAUCUUCAGCAAACAAGCAAAGUUCCACGACUUCUUCUUUGACAUUUUCCGAGAUCUAUGUGGGGGUGAUCAUGAACAACAUUAUGGGGAUGUCAACUGUGUUAACUGUAUUAUAUGGGAAGGACUUGAGAUGGGAGUAUUCAGCUGAAGUGUUGGUAUCUAUGGUGAUCUGUGCUGUAAUUGGCGCUUUUGCUUUCAUCCGCACCACUUAUCCACUUUGGAUUUGUAUUGUAGCUUUCUUGUUUUAUCCUAUAGCACUUGUACUUCUAUAUAUUUUCCAAUAGUUACAAUCUAAUUGUUUCUGUAAUUAUAAUUAAAAUUCUAGGCUCAAAGUUAUUCUAUUUGCAAUAUAUAAGCAAGGAAAUGAACAAUGAUACUUACAUGACUA